AUGUUCUACACGAGAAUCUUAUCGGAAAAACUGCCGAAAGACCUGGCUGGAAAUACGCUUGUGAAAAGAAAGAAUUUCUUCGAUACUGUUGAGAGGUGUAAACUCUGUGGAACAGGCAUCAGCUACAAAAAUGUUCAGCUUAUCUCGCAGUUUGUAUCGCCGUACACAGGCAGAUUAUACACCGAAAAUGCGACUGGACUUUGUCCAUCCAAGUACGAUGAGCUGAAGACGUCAUAUGAAAUUGCACAAAGUUUACUGCUAAUUGGCCCAUCGAAAGAACCAUUAUUUAUGAAUGAUCCUAUCGGCCCGACAGAACUAAAUGCAUUCAAAUCGCACUCCGACAAGUCAGAGAAAACUGGCAUAAAAGAGUCGAAAGAUAGAUCUCUAGCUGAAUCCGAAGAAGCAGAAGAAAAACUCUUAUCGGAAGUUGAAACUAAGUGGAUCGACAAAAACCAAAUAACUUCACUCUUCGCAGAAUCUGCCGAUUUCGAAGAAGAUAUCAACUUACAGACAUCUAAAGAACGACCGACACCGACGACGGAAAAUUCUGCCAAAGAGAGUGAUAAGAUUUUUAAGAAUUAA